AUGUCGGCUCCACCACAUCCUUCACGUGACUUGAUAAAUUCACAAGACUUUCUCAACCUCAACGACCUACAUUCCAUUGUUUGUGAUAAUAGAGACGAGAUUACUACCAACCAGAUCAAGAUGUUAAGGCUUGAAGAUCAGCUGAUUCAAGAUUUCAUUUUGUGUCGUGUUGAUCACAUCAGUCUCGAACACAAGCAGGAAAAUCAUGACAAAAAGUUUAAAGCUAUUGUUGUGGUGAUGGGUGUCGUCAAGGUGGCCAUGCUUAGGAUGAUGGUGGUUGGACUCAAAUUUGUUAUGAAGCUUGGAUAA